AUGCCACCCCGCGCCCAACAAAUAAAGCGCACGCGCUACUUUCCAGGAAAACGAACGUCACGCACACCUUCACCCGACCCCUCAUCCUCCGACGACGAAAGGGAUCAGCCCGAGGACGCUGACCAGAAUUAUGCCACCGCACAAAACGAUACGCCGGUGGCAAUCACUGAGUUUGCAGCGGACGAGGAUAAAGAUGAGGAGGAGGACGAAGAGAAGCAGAGUAGCAGGCAGAUCGCGAGGAGGGUCGUCGAGCCUGUAAAGGAAAGCCGCGCGAAGAAGGAGAGCAGUGAGAGCGAGGAGAGCGAGAGUGAUGAUGAUAGCGAGGAGGAAAGUGACGAGAGCAGUGAAGAAGAGGAGCCAAAAAGAGUUCUAUUAAGACCCAUCUUUGUGCCAAAAAACAAACGCUCCGUCCCAACCAAACAAGCCACCGAAGCCGAAGAACAGCUCGCGGUAGAAGCCGCCAAAACACAGAAAAAAGAAGCAACCCUGCUCGAGAUCCAGAACCAGAUCCGGCUUGAAUCCGAAGCUCAUGCGCGAAGACAACAACACGAAGCGAACGACGUCUCGCUUGUAGCAAAUGCAGACGACAUCGACGACACUGAUGAUCUUGAUCCGGCAGCUGAGCGGGCGGUGUGGAAACUGCGAGAACUUCGACGGGUGAAACGCGAGCGUGAAGAGCUUGAGGAACGGGAGCGCGAGUUGGAGGAAUUGCAAGCUAGACGAGAGAUGGACGAGGAGGACAAGAUCAGGGAAGGUCUCGAACGGGUACGGCAGCAGCAACAAGAGAAGAAGGACAAACGUGGAAACGUGGGGUUCAUGCAAAAGUACUACCACAAGGGCGCAUUCUAUCAGGACGACGACGCUGUCAAGCGCCGCGACUUUCAUGAAAAGACGAUCGACGAGGUCAAGGACAAGACGGCACUGCCCAAGAUCCUGCAAGUCCGUGGCGACGAUUUUGGUAAGCGCGGAAGAUCAAAGUGGACGCAUCUGUCGGCGGAGGAUACGUCGCAGGGCGCGGACUCGCCGUGGUUUGAUCCUCAGAGUCGGGUUAAUAAGCGCGCGCGUGAGAAACUUGGUGGGAUGCAUGAUGCAUAUCCAAACAAGAGCAAGAAGCCGAAAUGAUUAGGAUGGGGAUUACAGUGUAGGAUAAUAUUAAU